AUGACUGACCAACGACAAGAGCAACUCAUGAGGUUAAUAGUGAAGCGGUUCGAAAAGCGUAUGGACAACCAUGCCGCGGAAAACGCAAUCAUCGAGGAAAUCAAAUGCAUCAAUUUUAUGUGCCACUCGCAUUUGACUGUCCCAUUAGGACCCUUGAUCAACUUCAUAAUUGGACACAACGGCAGCGGAAAAAGUGCAGUCCUUACUGCCUUGACACUGUGCCUCGGUGCCAAGGCUACAUCUACGAACCGUGGACAGAAUCUCAAGAGUUUCAUCAAGGCAGGUGAAGAAGCGGCAAUGCUUGCCGUCAAGAUCAAGAACCACGGCUCUUCAGCAUACAAGCCAGAACUGUAUGGGAAGUCCAUCAUUGUUGAGCGUCAUUUCUCCCUGAAUGGAACGAGUGGAUUCAAACUCAAAAACUCCAAGGAAAAGGUUAUCUCCACCAAAAAGGCCGACUUGGAGGACAUUAUCGACGCCUUCCAGUUACAAAUAGACAACCCGAUGAACGUACUCUCCCAAGAUAUGGCGAGACAAUUUCUUAACCAUUCGACCGCUGCCGACAAAUACCGGUUUUUCCUCGAAGGUACAAACCUCCAAGAUCUAGACAACGAUUACAGGCUCCUUCAGCAUCAUAUCGAUGAGACAGAAGACAAGAUGAGGACCAGGAAAAGUGACCAAGAAAUUAAGAAAAAGAAGUUCCUUGAGGCAAAACAGAAAGCAAACCUUGCAGAUGAGCAUGUAGCAAUCGAGGGACGGAGAGACCAUUUUCUUGCUCUAUAUGCCUGGUUACAAGUGCGAGACCAGGAGAGUGCGCUCGAGACUCUGGAACGAAAAAUCGUCGAGUUCGACGAAGGAAUUGAGGAGAAGACCAGGGAAGCCGAAGCAAAGUCUGAGGAGCUCGAAGUUGCCCAGCGCCAAAAAGAGGAAGCUGAGACUGUAGUUGAAGAAGCGGGUGUUCCCGCAGGGCCAGUCCGGGAGGAUCUGCAGUCGAAGACAGCCACUUUCAACAAAAACAAAGAGGAUCUCAUGAACGUUAUGGCGCAGCAACGCGCAAUCAAAUCCGCUAUGCAGACCGACAGAAAGACGCUUCAAAACAUCGAGAACGAAAUACGGGACGAAAAGCGGCGCCAAGAAGAUGCAAACGGAGGUGAGCAUGGUGACAGACUAAGAGAAAUCCAGGACGCAAAAGCCAAGGCGGAGGAAGCGAAAGUAGCCUACCAAUCGCACAACCAUAACUAUGGCGCCCUUGCCAGGGCAAGGGAAGAGACUGAAGCAGCAAUGAACGAGUUUCAACCCACACUCACAAGAGCACGAGAGGACAUGGCAAAGCACGAGCGACUUCUUAGUGAGCUCAGGCAAGGCCAAGGGCGAUGGAUGGACGCGUAUGACCAGAAAUUGCCUAUGUUGCUCAAGGCUAUUGCCAGCGAGACGCGUUUCCGACACCGCCCCGUCGGUCCUUUUGGCAACCACGUACGGUUACUCAAACCAGAGUGGGCGCCAAUCCUGGAAAGAUCCUUUGGUGCUGCGUUGAACGCUUUUGCAGUAACCAACAAGCAGGACGAAUCUAUCCUGCGGGAGCUCAUGAGAAGGGUUGGAUUCCAAACUCCUGUCCUUAUCGGCAACAGGGAUGCUUUGAACACCGCUCCUCACGAACCAGACGCAAAUCUUUUGACUUGGAUGCGGGUUAUGAAGAUUGACGAUGAUCUGGUUCGCAAUCAAAUGGUCAUCAAUCAAUCCAUCGACCAGACUGUCUUAAUUGAGGAUUUCAAUGAAGCCCAAAACUUUGCGCAUUCUGAUGGCCAGAAACCGCGCAAUGUGAAGCAGGUGUUUGCCUUCAACCAGGACAGGAGAGGCGGUGGAAUGAGGCUCGGAUGGACUGGCGCCGGAGGAGCAACAUUGAGCCCUGUCAUGGCUUGGGAUCGGCGCCCUCGUAUGCAUGCGGACAGAGAAGCUCAGAUAAGGGCAACCGAGCGGCUCAUGGGCGACUGCAAAGAUGCUGUUCUCGACGCUGAACGAACCCUCCGAAGCCGCCAAGAGGCACACAAGCAAGCCAGACAAGCUGUUGAAAUUCACAAAAGAAAUUACAAAAACCUUCAGAUACAAAUGCAGAAGGCUCAGGACGACGUGGAAAAGAUGCAGGAUGCUUUGGAGGCCGAGACACCGCAGGCGGGUAAACUAGAAGCCUUGGAAGCUCAGCAUCAAGAACAAGAGGACGCGAGACAGGCUCAUGAGAAUCAGUUCGAAGACGCCGUAACGGAGCGCGAUAAGCUUAACGAGUUCCAAACCAUGCUCAGGUCCGAGAUGAGAGAGCUGGAGACGCAACUCACCAACAUCGAGAGGACUGUCGAAAAAGCAAGAAAUCGAGUUCAGAGAUUGGAAGAUAGGCGUCAACGAGCGCUGAUGGCGAAGAAUGCUGCACUUGAAGCCGUGGAGGCCGAAAGAGGACGGCGCACAGAUUUGGAAGCCGAAUGCGAGGCAAUGAGAGCGACAGUCGAUAGGUUCAUUGCCGAUGCCCAGAAGGUCUCAGAAAGGGUAGAGGUAUCCAGUAACCAAACCGUCGGGGGUGUGGAGAAGACGCUAGAAAAGAUUACGAGGGAUCUCGAAAGAUAUGCCCGGGAGCUUGGCGGUACGCGUGAGGAGCUCAACAUGAAAGUGAUGGAGGCAAGAGGCGAGUACGAGAAAGCGAGAAAAGAUGUCGAAGACAUGGACCAACUCGUUCACCUCUUGAAGAUUGCUCUGAUGGACCGGAAUGGAAGGCUCGAAAAGUUCAAGGUGUGCAUAGGAGACCGCGCCAAGAUUGCCUUCACGUAUUUGCUAGCGGCGCGCAAAUUUCGAGGCGAGAUGAGGAUCGAUCCGAAGUCCAAGCAGCUCGAUCUCUCGGUCGAACCGGACAUUACCAAGGAAAAAGGGCAGGGCCGCCAAACAAAGACGCUGUCGGGUGGCGAGAAAUCCUUCUCGACUGUGUGUCUCCUGCUGUCGCUGUGGGAUGCAAUGGGGUCGCCGACGCGCUGUUUGGACGAGUUCGAUGUGUUCAUGGACAGCGUCAACCGCGACAUCAGCAUGAAGAUGAUUAUCAACUCGUGUCGUCGGUCGCCCAGCAAGCAGUUCCUGUUCAUCACGCCGCAGGCCAUGGGCAACGUCUCGCUGGGCGAGGACGUCAAGAUCAUCAAGAUGAGCGAUCCGGAGCGCGGGCAGACGACGCUGCCGUAUUAG